AUGAUGGAUGAUGAUACCGCGAUGAAGGAAUCAUCUCUACCACUGAUCCCCGUAAUCGCCAGCGCCAGCACCAGGCAGACCGAAACGGGCGCAACGGGGUCCAAACCCAGCGUCUUUGCAUCCUGCGCCGAGGGAAUGGCGCAGAAGCAGUCGUCCUCGGCGUCACCCGGCCCGCAGUCGGAGGGGGCGCUGCAGUACUGGCCGCAUGUUGUCAAGUUGUGCGAAGAUGCUGGUGGAUCCGCAUCCGCGACGAUCAAUGUUGCGUUGGGCGGAGCGCGCGGGAUCGGGCCCAGGAGAUCCGUAGGCCAGGUCGCGGGACAGAAUUGCUUGCCGUCGGGACCACAGGUACCUGCCGGGGGGGGUCGGCGAGAGGCGGUUCGACGGCGGUUGAGGAGGGAGGAUCUGCAUCUCGCCCUGCUGGGAAUCUGUGGCGCCGAGCGUCACGGGAGCCGUCGCCGUGUUGGGCGAAGGAUUGGCCGGCGACUCUGUUCCAGAGUACGGAAUUGA